CUAGAAGGCGUGACGUGGGGUCGGGAGUGGGCUCGGAGGCGGGCUUCUCUCGGCAGUAGCUGUGGCCGCAGCUGUCGAGCCUGGGGCCGUGAGUGGUGGGGGCCGCGGGCGCAGCCUCUUCGUCUCCCCAGCCAUGGCCGCGCUGGGCCGGCCCUUCAGCGGCCUCCCCCUGAGUGGCGGCUCGGACUUCCUGCAGCCGCCGCCGGCCUUCCCCGGCCGGGCCUUCCCCCCGGGGGCGGACGGCGCGGAGCUGGCCCCGCGGCCAGGACCCCGCGUCGUCCCGAGCUGCCCGGGCGGGGGAGCGGCGCGCGGACGUGUUCCCGUUCACUGUAAAAAGAAACACAAGCGGGAAGAUGAAGAGGACGAAGAUUGUCCAGUAAGAAAGAAAAGACUAACUGAAGCAGGGCUCUGUGCUAGUCCUAAUGACUGGGUUCUUUGUGCACAUCAGGAUAUAGAGGGUCAUGGAGUAAAUUCAGGCACUAGUGGCCUUUCAGCACCUGGCAUGUUAGAUGUUAUUUGUGAAGAAAUGGAUCAGACAACUGGAGAACCGCAGUGUGAAGUUGCCCGCAGGAAACUUCAGGAAAUUGAAGACAGAAUUAUUGACGAAGAUGAAGAAGUUGAAGCUGAUAGAAAUGUUACCCAUCUCCCCAGCCUUGUCCUUUCUGACACAAUGAAAACAGGUUUGAAGAGGGAAUUUGAUGAAGUAUUUACAAAGAAAAUGAUUGAGUCCAUGAGCCGUCCUUCCAUGGAACUUGUGCUCUGGAAACCUCUCCCUGAACUCCUUUCUGAUAAGCCAAAGCCAGCAACUAAUACUAAGAACUACACAGGAGAGAGCCAAACUAAACAUGCAGCUGCUGGCACUGCCUUCUCUCAGAGAACUGAACUGUUCUUGGAACCUCGGCAAACAGGGCUGCCUAUUUACAAUAGUUUGGAGACAUCUGCUUGCACAGAAGAAGAGAUGGAACUCUAGAAGCCAGUUUCUGCACUAAAGUUGUCAAACUGUCGAAGACUCAUGUGUAGUCAUGAGUCUACUUGUAUAGUAUAUGGACUUGAAAAUUUGAUGAAACGGGUGUAAUAAUAUAUCCACCUGUGAUUUGGGGUGGGACUCUCAUUUGGGUAGUCAUUUCUUGAACUUUUUGCCAACAAAAUUUGUCUGAAAGGAAAAGCAGUUUUCUAGGAGACAUACUAAAUAAAGGGAUGUGAAGUUACAGUUUGCAAAGGCAAGUAUAGAAGCUAUAUGUGUAAGGGUGACUUAGGUGAUCUCAGAUUUUUUUAAACUAUUCAGAUACCCGGAAAAUAUUGAGACACAUGAGUUGAGAAAGAUGCUUUAAGAAAGAAGAAUGCUCCUACUAUGACACUACCCUGACAGCAACAACUUUGUGGAUGUGAGUUACAGUGGUAACUGUGUGAAUGGGAUAAAGGAGGAAGGAAAGCAGUAACUUAAGUCUUUUGCUAAGAAAUUUAACAGAGGCUCUGAAACUUGUAUGUUGUUGCCAAUACAUUGUAGCUAUAAAAUAGCCAGUAGCAUUCUCUGCCUCUGAAAAUGCAAUGAAAGUACAAAGAAAAGGUGUUUCUUUUGAGGCUUUUAUGCCUUGUGCUCUGUUGCUCCUUGGUUUCCCUUGCAUAAUUGAUUAGAUCCAGUUAUUCAGUAAUGUUUACAACUUAAUUAACUUUGGUAGUUUAAAAGAUUGUGAGGUAACACAUGUGCAAAUUGGCUGUGGGAAAAAUAAUCACAUUCCUUAGGUAAUCUUGAGAAAGUGCUGUGUCAGCCAAACCAAGCAUCGACAACUUUAGUUUAAAAAAAGGGUAUACCUGGAGUAGUACAUUGAGUUCUUAAAGUUAAUUCAGAAAGCAGUGACUAAAUAAUUAACUGAGAACAUAUGGUCAAGUGACAUUUACUGAAAUAACCAGUUUGCUAGGUGCUUCAACUAUUGUGCAGUAAGCCUAAAAAUUAUUAGAAGAAUAGAUUCCUGCCAGCAGGAAAUCUUUAUUUUAAGAACUUAAACUAGGCUCAAGGAAUCCUUUGGGGAUGACCCUGAUUGAAAUUUUUUUUCUCAGGAAGCUCUUCUGUGUGGCAAGGACUUAUAAAGUAAUAUGACAGUUCUUUUAGUGCUACAGAAUAUUCACUAUCACUUAUGAAAUGAGUGUAAUAGUGUUAGACUGGCCCUUUUACCACACAGCAGGAGGCCACCGCAUUUCUUUUUGUUUUGUUUUCUGGGUUUCCUCCCUCUGUGGGAAUCAGAUAUCUGUGUAGAAAAAAUGGUUUAUGCCAAGUAGAGGUGACGUUGGAAACCAGCUCCCAAGUAAUUUUGAAGCCAAGUUGAAAUCCCUCCCCUUGUUACAGAUGGCGUAAAAGAUACAAGUCUGUUAAUUGGACUAUUCCUUCUUUUGCCUGUUGUUCCUGCUUUCUCUGUUUCUGUCUGGAUAGUCAGGAAAAGAUUUAAUGUUUAAUAUUUAAACAAAAUAUUUAAUGUCUACAAGGUAAAAUUACUCAAACUUUAAACCAGUAUUGAAACAGUUGGAAACCAGCUAAUAGUUUCUUAAUCUAAAAUUUAGAGAUGAAUGUAAACUAUUCUGUUGAAAUGUGCAAGUGUUUGAUUCAUGCCGUUUGUCCUGCCUUUAAAGUCAUUGUUUAAUGGGACCAACUUAUAAAGUUUGUAGCCUUAAAGAAAUCACCAUACUAAAAUGUUUAUUCCUAGUACAAGUCAAAAACGUGAAAUGACUGCCCUGAAUUUGGAGUUAGUCCCAGUGUUAAGUUGUAUUAGGGGAGAUGACAGCUUUCCAAAGAAAGACCCCAAAUGCAUUGUCUUCUGUUAAGAAUUGUUAGGCAAUUUUCUCAUCAGAGGAAAAAAAAAAGAGAGUCUCAAAACAGGGCUCUGAUAAUGAUGGUAAAUAUAGAAGAGAAUUAAGAUUCUAGUAAAAGCCAAACAAUCUGUUUCAGGAGUUAAAUUAUCUGACAUAAUUAUUUCUGCAAGAAAAGAGAUGUUUAGUGCUCCUUUUAAACAUCAUCUUGCAUAUGUUUGUACAAAAAUUCAUCCUUGUGGUGCUUAUUCAUCUGAGCCGUCUACACAGUCCCCAUGCCUUUGCUUUGUUUUUCUUUUGUAGCAUAAAGUUUUUGCUUUUGCCUUAAGGUCUCCCUAGGAAAUUAACAAAUCUUUUUAUUUUGUACAGUUUCUGCAGCAUGGAUCAAACAUUGGCUUAUGAUGCUAAUGUGUGAGGAUAAAAAAUUACCUAAAGCAGGUGAGCUUUAAUGAACAAAUGUUUAUUUUCUCUGAGUUUGAGUAGAGUGUGUAUGUGUGUUUUUUUAAGUAUGAAGAAAGUCCAGUUUUAACAAAUUAAUCGGUCAACUUAAAAAACUGCUACUCGUUCUUAAAAAGGUGCAAAUAUAAAAUUUAGAAAAAUAACGAGGAUAGGGACUAGAACCAUAAAAAGAAUGUUUACCAACAGAUUCAUUAAUUAUUUUGGAUCUGGAAUUUGGUUUUGUUUUUCAAUGUGAUAAGAAUGAUGCAGUACUAGCAAAGUUCUGAAAGAUGCUGUUAGUUUUAUUUUAAAAUGAGAAUAUGGUGUUACUGUAUUUUAUUUUCAAUAAAACUAAGUGUUUUGGACAUUUUGAGAUAUUUGUAUUCCUGUGCUUAAGUAAAUGAAAUCAGAUAUCCUUGCUCUUCUAUUAAAUAAUAGUUAAAGCAGCACUCAUAUCAGUGACUUUUAUUUUGAAGACUAUUUUGCCAUUCUAAAA